AAGAAAGCUAUGCAAAAGUAUGUAAACAGGAAGCAUGACCCUCACAAGCAUCCGCCCAAGGAAUUCUGUGCUGGGGCUAUCUCUGAGCAAGAAUGGUUUAUUGAUAGUGGAUGCUCCAGGCACAUGACAAGUGACCGAAGCUGCCUAAUAGAGUUCCAGAAAUGCAAAGGACCUAGAGUUACCUUUGGAGGUAAUGAUAAAGAAGGUCAAACAAAAGGAAGAGGGAAGGUGAUCAAGAACCAGAUAGUCAUUGAUGAGGUCUCUUAUGUCAAAGGCCUGAAGUUCAAUCUUUUAAGUUGUAACACCGUCCCCAAGUAUAUUUACUUUUAGUAAAUCAUGUAAUAAACCUUGAAUAAUGAUUCGUGAAUUUACGAGGUUUUAAAUUUUGUUA